AGCCGCGGUCUGCUCAGGAGCUGCUCUGGUCCUGUUGAGCGGUCUCCGCGGUUCCUGCCGGUUUUGCGGGGAUGUGCCUGGGUAGCAAGGAAGAUGGCUGCAAACUGUACUGUUCCAGCAAAGCCUUCAAGUCCCCUGGGAUGGCAACCCCGGGCUGAGCCUGUGCAGCCGUAACAAAAGCAGAGUCAGUAAUGUAAUCAGCUGUUUUGUCCAAGCUCGAUAAAUACCACAUGGGAGAUGGUGCUGUGAGCGGCUCCUUGUCUCUCUGCAAACAGCACCGUUCUCUGGGGAGAGACAGGCGGACAGGGUUUUCCUCCUGGCCCAGGGGCAGAGGGUGGCUCCGAUCGCCUGCCCUUCCCUGGCUGCGCCGACAUGUGUGCCUGCACUAGGUGAGAUGCCAGUCACCUGUUUAGCGAGAUGACCACACUGAGUGUAAAGCCAGGACACCGGUUCACCUUGCCGGACUGGCACACCAACUCCCAUCUCAUCUCAGCUGACGCUGAACGCCAGCGUUCUGCUUCCCACCAAGUCCGGCAGGAAGCCCGAGCUCUCCGCAACGAAACCAACAACCAGACGAAAUGGGAUGAGCACGACAACCAAACCCGCCUGGCUGAACGUAUCAGCAGCGUGAACAGAUGGAAAGAGACCCUGGACAAAUGCCUUGCAGACAUAGAUGCGGAAAUCGAUGCCUUAGCCAAAGUGAAGGAAGCAGCAGAACGUGCCCUCCAGGCAAAGAACUUGCCCUUGGAUGUGUCCAUCGAGUGCCUGACGCUCCGUGAGAGCCGCCGCGCCAUUGAUGUGGUGAGGGACCCUGUGGAGGAGGAGCUGCACAAGGAGGUGAAGGUGAUAGACAAAGCCAAGAGACAGCUGCAGCAGAGAGUGAACGAAGCCUUCGAACAGCUCUGCCUCUUACAGGAAGCUCGCCAGCAGCUGAGCUGUGACCACCGGUGCAAGAUGGAAGCAUUGGAAAUAGAUCGCGUGUGCUUAUCCCUCAGUGUAAACUCUCCCAACAUCUCCUUCAAGGUCAACCCAACACGAGUCCCAGAUGGAUCAACUGCACUUGAUGAGUGGGAACAGAAUAGCCAACGCAACAAGGAGCGUGCUGAGGCAGAAAUGAAAGCUUCGACUGAGCUCCGAGAAGCAACAGUGCUUGCCAUCGCACAGACAAACAACGAGCUGGAGGCUCAGCGUGUAGCUACAGAGUUUGCCUUGCGCAAGAGGAUUAGAGACCUGGAAAGAGCCUAUGAUGAACUGAAAUGGCAGGAGCAGAAUUCCUUGGAGGAAAUUGCUGAGAUGGAGGAGGACAUCCGACGCUUGGAGGAAGAUCUUCGGAGGAAAACGCAAGAUCUGAAAGUGGCACACACCCGCCUGGAGACCCGCACGUAUCGGCCCAAUAUGGAGCUCUGUCGGGAUCAGGUCCAGUACGGGCUAACAGACGAGGUUCACCAGCUGGAGGGAACGAUCCGUGCGCUCAAACAGAAGCUAGCAGAGUCACAGCAUGCCUUGGACGCUCUUUACAGACAACUUCACCGCAUUCAGACAGACACUGGCUACAAAGCCAGUUCCCUGGUGCUGGACAACAAGUGCAUGGACAGCCGGAGAAAGCUCGUGGUCCCCGCCGAGAAAUUUGUGCCAGAGGUUGACACUUUCAACAGGACCACGAACCGCGCCCUGAAGAACGGGCAGCUGGAGUUGGCUUAGCGCGCCGGGGAGUGUUGUGCAACAAGCCACGCCGAGGAGAAAGCUACUAGUGACUCAGUUCCUUAGCAAGGAAAACGGACAUCUGUGUUGUGUUAGGAUAAUGGAAUUCUCCUCCCUCCUCCUUGUCUGUUAUAUAACUGUCUGUCCCCCUUCUAUGAUGUUUAUAGCCUCUUGCACUCCAAGGAGCGUUAUGAACAAUAAAGAGUCUGUCCCCAAGAGCAGUUGCCAUCCGACAGA